ACAGCUGAGCUCUGGAAGCGCAGAUCGGUCUUGAAGUCCUGGGCAAUUUCACGGACCAGACGCUGGAAAGGCAACUUGCGGAUCAGCAGUUCGGUCGAUUUCUGAUAACGACGGAUCUCACGCAGGGCGACGGUGCCUGGCCGGAAGCGAUGAGGCUUCUUUACUCCUCCGGUGGCUGGAGCGCUUUUGCGAGCGGCCUUCGUUGCCAACUGCUUGCGAGGAGCCUUUCCUCCAGUGGACUUGCGAGCGGUCUGCUUGGUGCGAGCCAUUUUCCUUCCGAUGUGUUCACGUUGAAAGCUAACUGUGGAAUAAAAAAUAAAAACGACUUCCAUUCUGUUUUAUAACAUGCGUUUGCUGUGAUCAACCAAUCAGAAACGAUGAAAGAACAAGAAUACAACAACUAACAAGGAGAAUUUAACCCUCGAGUAGGUAUAAAAAAGCCGAAAUUUGGAAUUUUUGUUCACUUUCGUCUCAACCUUCAUCAACGAUAAACAAACCAUCUCCAACAAUGACUGGACGCGGCAAGGGAGGAAAAGGACUCGGCAAAGGAGGAGCAAAGCGUCAUCGAAAAGUGCUGCGUGACAACAUUCAGGGUAUUACUAAACCUGCUAUCCGUCGUCUGGCUCGUCGUGGUGGAGUCAAGCGAAUUUCUGGGCUUAUUUACGAGGAAACUAGAGGCGUGUUGAAGGUGUUUUUGGAGAACGUUAUCCGUGAUGCUGUUACUUACACCGAACACGCUAAGAGGAAGACGGUCACCGCGAUGGAUGUCGUUUACGCUCUGAAGCGACAGGGACGCACUCUGUACGGUUUCGGAGGAUAA